UCAUAUUCUCCCUUCGACUCAUUUUUUUUCCAAAUCCAAUUAUCUUCUACUUCUCUUCUUCCUACCGUUUGUGGCCAUUCCCCAUUGUUGUCCUCUCUAAUGGGUGGCCAAAAUUCAAAGCUCACACCAGAAGCCGAGGCUGUGCCUCCUCGAAUCCGUUCCCUCUUGCAGAGGCGCUUCGAGGAGAUGAAGAGCCGGUCCAAGGCACGAAAGCUAAAAGCCGCUAGUACUCUCUCCAAGAAACAGCUACUUAAGGACGGUGAUCAGGAGGAGGUUGAUAACUCUCUCCCUCAUUCGCUGCGGUCAUCCCCAGAGUCCGACAAAAUAACACGUCCGAAGAUACCACCAACAUUGGAGAACAAGUCCAAGGUUGCACCAAUAUCGCCGGAGCAUGACAAAGGCACAAAACAGGCUGAUGAUGAGAACCAAAACAAGGAGCAGAUCAAGACAGAUGGGACGGAAUGUAGCGUUGAAGAUCAUAAGGAACCAAAGGGUGUGAAUGUGUACGUAGGAGGGGUUUUUGCAAUGGAGGACACCACAGAGGGAGAGGAAGAGGACGAAGAUAAUGAAGGUGGUAUUAGAACAAACAGCGAAUUUUUUAUGUGUCCCGCGUCACCAAGUUUUAGAGUUUAUUGCAUGGAAGCUCUGGAAAUUGAAAAUGAUAGCAGCAAGUAUGACAGCACUACAGAUGAGGAUUUCAAGCACAAGAAGUCGCCAAGUGCUGCGUCUGCAGACAGCAAUGUUGAUAGCGUAGCGUCAAUGACUGAUCACCAUGAUGGCCAGGUAACAAAGACAAAGAAGAAAGGAAGGAGAAGGAGAAGAGUGAAAAAUGGAUUCGGCGUAAAGAAUCUAUUGAACAUUAAAGGAUGCUACUACCCAGGUUGCAGUGGUGGCCACGACAGAGCCACCUAUCUGGCCGAGAAAUCUGCAGCCACUUGAUCGCGCUAGGAAUUGUACGCUUGAUAUACAUUGUUGAUCCAUUCCCUAAUAGCGGUUGAGGUUUAGUGGUUGUCCAACAUAUGAUAUCAGAGCUGCGGUUCCACGAGGCCUUCAGUUCAAAAUCUCCAAGUCCCCACAAGCCAUUAAUCACAACUGCAGGAUGGGAGUUGCACCUAUACUGUCGUGCAGGAUGAAGCUGCGUGUAAGAGAACGUGUUGGCUUGAGUGAUUGUCCAUGAAGAUGAGCAAGAAGAGUGACAGUAUUAUUUUCAUACUUUUCCUUCGGAUCUCUUUCUUGUUCUUGGCCAUUGAGAUUUUCAUUUUCCUGCAAUUCUGGGCCAUGACUCACUAAGGUGAUGAACAAAAAUAUUAUGCAAAUUUUUAACUAUUUCUACAAUGAUAUAAUCCAUGCAUGGAGGUUGCAGACAA